CACCAGGUUCUUAGGCUGCCCGUGCAGUCUGUAUUUCUGCCCUUGAGCCGGUCCUCAGCAUGAAGCUCCUUUGGCUGAACUAGAGGAGAGAGAAAAGGCCUCUGAAUUCUUGCAGAUCCAUCUACCUUUAGGCUCUGCAGCUGCAAGCAGGUGGAAAUUGCUCCUGAUCCCAGGAAGUUGGUCCAACUCAGCUUGCAGCCUCAGAAGAACUUUCAAACCUGAGCUCGAAAGCCUCGAUUUGACUGGUGCAUACAUUCCACUUACGCAAGCCAGUUCCACAUCCUGGAUCAGAGAAUCACUCCAGGCGUACCAUGAGCCGUGCUCGGGAUGCUGGCUGCGUAGCUGCUGGAAUAGUGAUCGGGGCUAGUGCCUGGUACUGUGUCUACAAAUACACUAGGGGAAAAGAUCAGAAGAAGAAGAGACCAGCCAAGCCCAAGAACCGGGCAUCUGUGGGUACUGGAACCAGGGCUAGAGCUGGGCUAAGAGCUGGAUUUACAAUUGACCUUGGGCCAGGAUUCAAUCCCCCAAUCCCAGUCAGUGUUGAGGCCAUGAACAAGGCUCAAGAAAAAGCACCCACUCCUGCUACAACUGUAGCUGAACAGAUGGUGCCAGCUGCACCCAGCCCUAAGGUGCAGAAUGGGGCAGAAAGUAAAGUCCAGGAGACAGAUGGGUCUGGGACUGAGUCUAAUACAGAAUCCGCAGUAGGCACUCCAGCUGCCUGUGUGGAUACACCUCCUCCCAAGGUGGCAGAGGUUCCCACUGCUGCAGAGGCCCCAGAAAUAGUAGGAGCUCCCAAGAUGGUAGAAGCUCCCAGCACCACAGAGACUUCUGUGGCAACAGCACUCCCUGGGCCAGCAGUGCCUCUGGGGAUAGCCCAGUCUCCUGGGCCAGCAGUACCUUCCCCAUCAAUAAUGACUCCUGGGCCAGCAGGACUUCCCUGGGCAGUCCAAUCUCCUGGGCCAGCAGCACCUCCCAUGGCAGUGCAGUCACUUGUGCCAGCAGCACCAUCCUGGGCAGUAGUAGCACCCCCUGGGGCAGUCUACAUUCCUGUGGCAGCCCACUUUGCUGGGCCAGCAGCACCUCACAGGGUAACCCAGUCUCCUGGGACAGUGGUGCCUCCCCUUCCACCCCCGUCUCUUGGGCCAGGAGUGCUUUCCAGAUCAGUCCAGUCUUCUGUGACAUCAGUGCCUCCCAGGGCAGUCCAGUCUUCUGGGCCAGUAGUGCAUCCUGGGGCAGCCCAAUCUCCUGGGGUAGUAGUGGCUCCCAGGGCAGUCCAGUUUUCUGGAGCAGCAGUGCCUUCCAUGACAGGAGCCCCUUCUGCGACACCAGUGCCUCCCAGGCAGGCAACAACUCCCAAGGCAACAACAUUAGCUAGGGCACAGACAUCUACCCAGAGUGGGGCAACUACAGAAGUCAUGCAGGUCCCUAGAGUGGGAGCACCUAUUGAAUCCACAGAGAUUCCUAGAAUGGCAGCACCUGCCAUGGUGGCUGAGGCCUCUCUGCCGAUGCUUUCUGGGGCUGCAGAGACUCCUGGGACUUCAGGGUCCUCUAAGACAGCAGCAGCUGCUGGCAAGAAAACAGCCCCUGGAGCUCACACUGGGGCUAUACCUAAGGCUGGGUCAGCCACUGGAGCUGUGCCCAAAGGUGGAGGCAAGGGUGGAAACAGGAACCGGAAUGGAGGCAAAGGCAAAAAUAGGAAAAACAAGGUUGAAGUGGAUGAAUUGGGGAUGGGCUUCCGCCCUGGUGAUGGGGCUGCAGCAGCUGCUGCAGCCUCUGCUAAUGGGGGACAGGCUUUCCUGGCAGAGAUUCCUGAGUCUGAGGAAGGGGAAUCUGGGUGGACUGAUACAGAGUCAGAUUCAGACUCUGAGCCUGAAGUCCAGCCCAGAGGGAAGGGAAAGAGAACCAUUCCCAUGCACAAGCGCCCCUUUCCUUAUGAAAUUGAUGAGAUUCUGGGUGUCCGAGAUCUCAGGAAAGUCCUAGCCUUGCUUCAGAAGUCAGAUGAUCCCUUCAUCCAGCAAGUAGCGCUGCUCACCCUGAGCAACAAUGCCAAUUACUCGUGUAAUCAAGAAACGAUUCGAAAGCUGGGAGGCCUCCCAAUUAUUGCAAACAUGAUCAACAAAACUGACCCCCACAUUAAGGAAAAAGCCUUGAUGGCCAUGAAUAACCUGAGUGAGAAUUAUGAAAACCAGGGCCGACUCCAGGUGUAUAUGAAUAAAGUGAUGGAUGAUAUCAUGGCUUCUAACCUGAACUCAGCAGUACAGGUAGUUGGGCUAAAGUUUUUAACAAACAUGACUAUUACUAAUGACUACCAGCACCUGCUUGUCAAUUCCAUUGCCAACUUUUUCCGCUUGUUAUCUCAAGGGGGUGGAAAAAUCAAGGUUGAGAUUUUGAAAAUACUUUCAAAUUUUGCUGAAAAUCCAGACAUGCUCAAGAAACUUCUUGGCACCCAAGUGCCGUCCUCAUUCAGCUCCCUUUAUAAUUCUUAUGUGGAAUCAGAAAUUCUUAUUAAUGCCCUUACUCUGUUUGAGAUUAUCUUUGACAACCUCAGGGCAGAAGUGUUCAAUUACAGGGAAUUCAACAAGGGCUCCCUGUUUUACUUAUGUACUACAUCUGGGGUGUGUGUGAAGAAAAUCCGAGCCUUGGCAAAUCACCAUGACCUCUUGGUGAAAGUGAAAGUUAUAAAACUGGUGAACAAAUUCUGAUUGAGCUGUGCCCUCAAGGUGUGUGUGUGUGUGUGUGUGAUUUCUUGGCGUUCCAGUCUGCAAGCAUUAAAAGUGAGACAUCGUUGCUUUUCUACUUGUGUGUGUAGUAAAGGAAUCCUCUCAGCUGCCAAUUCUGCAUAAUGUAUCUUUCAGAGUGAUGUUAUCUGUGACUGUCACCGGCUUUAAGCUGAACCAUUUUCUGAAUACCAAAUAGUCCUGUAGCCCUGUAGUCCUGAAGACAUAUUUGUGAUUUGAAUUGUGCUACUUGGGUGGAAUAUUUUUACUGCGUCCUCUAUGUGAGUUGACAAUAAUCUUGUUUAUGAAUGGCCUACUCUGCUCUUACUUGCUUUGACUUGAAUUUUGUCACCAAAGACUUCAUAUGUGUAGCAUCAAUAAAGUGUAUGUUGCAAAUG